AUGAACCCCGUCAACACCAAGCCGUACAACCUACCGUCCGAUGCCACGUGGUUUAUAACGGGCUGCUCCAGUGGUAUUGGGCGAGAGGUAGCAACUCUAGUCGCCAGCAAUCCCACCCAGCGCCUCAUCGCCACAGCCAGAGACCCCGCAAGCCUAUCCUACCUCCCAGACUCCAAGAACAUCCUCAAGCUGCCUCUCGACAUCGACUCUCCUGAAUCAGUCGAAACGGCCUUCACUACCGCUGCGGCCCACUUCGGCUCUAGCUUCACCCUCGAUGUGGUCGUCAACAAUGCCGGCUACUCGCUGUCCGGCGACACUGAGUCCGUGACCGAGAAAGAAAUGCACGACCAGCUCGAAACCAACUUCUUCGGCCUCGUACGCGUUACGCUCCGGGCUCUGAAGGUUAUGCGCGAGUCCGACGGCCGCGGCGGCUUGAUCUUCAACAUCUCGUCUCUCGCCGGCGUCUGCAGCUUCCCCGGCCAAUCCUUCUACCACGCCAGCAAGUGGGCUGUAGAGGGCUGGACCGAGUCCGUUGCCCGGGAAGUGCACCCGGACUGGAACAUCCACUUCUGUCUCGUCGAGCCUGGCUCCGUGAACACUAAUUUUGAAACAUCCAGCAAGAAGCGCACCGCCGACCACCCGGCUUACGCGAAUCCCUCGAUGCCCUCGCGCAUGCUCGAGGCUUACGUCGAGCAAAACCUAGCAUCUGGAGGGGGUGUCGAACCCGCCGACCUCGCCAAACUGCUCCUCUACGUCGCCAGUUCCGGUGAGAAGGUCCCGAUCUACUUGCCUGUUAGCACCACCGCUACGGCCUUGAUUACGAUGAGCCUAAAUGCGCGCCUGGGGGUUGUGGACGCGGUUAAGGGUCUUAGUGCUGUGGACCAGAAUGGGGCCUAA